AUGUCGACCUCAGGUGCACCCCCUUCUGCACCGGGUGCCCUUGCCCCGGACACCAGCUCAGACGAUGACCGCACGCGCGCUACCACUCCUAUAGACCCUUCCCUCCUUCCCCGCAGUGGUCCAUCCGACCUGCAAGAGUCAGAGAAACGCGAGGUGGGCAAUGGCGAGCCUCUCGACCCACACCCUGUCGACCUCCGAGGCGCCAAAGAAGAGUUCAACGCCCUUGCGCGGACCCUCACACAGCGCUCUCAUGCUUCGAGGGCGGCGCAUGCUGGACCAGGAGACGUCGAGAAGGGCGAGGCGGGGGAGGAAUUUGACCUGCUUGCUUAUCUGACGGCGGAUGUGGAGCGAAGAGAGGAGAGGGGACUGAAGAGGAAGAGAGUGGGCGUCGUAUGGGAGGAUUUGACGGUUUGGGGAAUAGGAGGCAAGAGGGUGCACGUCGAAAACUUCCUUUCGGCAAUCCUCAAUUCAAUCCUUUUCAUCCCUCUGUGCCUCCUGCAACUCCUACGUCCCCAGCGAUUCCGCGCUACCCCUAAAGCCAUCCUUCAACCUUCGUCCGGUGUCUUACGUCCCGGUCAGAUGUGCCUCGUCCUCGGACGCCCAGGCUCAGGCUGCACGACUUUCCUCAAGGCGAUCUCCAACCGUCGUGGGGAGUAUCUGGAGGUGGGGGGGAGGGUCGAAUAUGCGGGUAUCGGUGCGGAGGAGAUGGAGAAGCGGUUCAGAGGCGAGGUGGUGUACAACCAAGAAGACGACAUCCAUCUGGCCACGCUUACGGUGCACGACACACUCUCCUUUGCGCUGGCACUGAAGAUGCCCCCUGCCCAACGGCUCGGGCUCACUCGGCACGAACUGCACAAAGAGAUCGAGUCGACGACGCUAAAAAUGCUUAAUAUCCAGCACACUGCGAACACCCUAGUCGGGAACGAGUUCGUUCGUGGUGUUUCUGGCGGCGAGAGGAAACGCGUCAGUAUCGCUGAGAUGAUGGCUUCCCGAGCCCAUGUCUCUGCAUGGGAUAACAGUACCCGAGGGCUAGAUGCAAGCACAGCACUGGACUAUACGCGCUCCCUCCGCGUUCUCACAGACGUCCUGGAACAAACGACGUUCGUGAGCCUGUACCAGGCGGGAGAGAACAUCUACCGCCUGUUCGACAAGGUGCUCAUUAUCGACCAGGGGCGGCAGGUAUUCUACGGCGCUGCAACGGAAGCACGUGCAUAUUUCGUCGGACUUGGAUUCAAAGAUUUCCCUAGGCAAACAACAGCGGACUACUUGACGGGCUGUACCGAUCCCAAUGAGCGCGAGUAUCAAGAAGGCUGGGAGAAACGCGCGCCCCGUACGCCGGAAGAACUCGAACAGGCGUUCCGCGCUGGCAAGUACUGGACGAUCAUGGAACAGGAGCGGAAGGAGUAUGAGACGUUUGUGAGCACGAACGAGGGGGUGCAGCAGGAGUUUAGGGACGCAGUCUUGGAGGAGAAACGGGGGGCGAGCAGGGGCAGCCCUUAUACACGCAGCUUCUGGGGUCAAGUCAAAGCGCUUACAUGCAGGCAGUUCAAGCUCCAAUUGCAGGAUCGGUUUGGCCUCCUCACCUCGUACGGAACCGCGAUCGUCCUCGCUAUCAUAAUCGGCAGUGCGUUCCUUAACCUCCCUCUCACAGCAGCAGGUGGCUUCACCCGCGGCUCGGUCAUCUUCGUCGCCCUGCUGCUCAACGCGCUCGACGCGUUUGGUGAGCUGCCGACCAUGAUGCUGGGCCGUCCUAUCCUGUAUAAGCAGACUACCUACGCGUUCUAUCGCAGCGCGGCGCUCCCUGUCGCUAACACGAUCGCCGAUAUCCCAUUCUCGUUCGCAAGGAUGACGUUGUUCGAUAUCAUUGUUUACUUUAUGGCUGGCCUAUCACGUAACGCAGGCGGGUUCUUCACAUUCCAUCUUAUUAACUACACCGGCUUCCUAUCCAUGCAGGGCCUCUUCCGCACGUUUGGUAUCCUCUGCCCGGACUUCAAUACGGCCUUCCGUCUAGGAGCACUCUUCGUGCCGCUCACGAUCCUCUACUCGGGUUACCUCAUCCCCGUCUUCUCGAUGCAACGCUGGUUGUUUUGGAUUUAUUAUCUCAAUCCGCUCAACUACGGUUUCCAGGGCUUACUAGAGAAUGAGAUGUCCCGGAUUGACAUGGACUGCGUUGGUAACUAUGUCGUUCCGAACAACGGCUUGAACUUGAACAAGUAUCCGAAUGAGGUUGGUCCCAAUCAGGUUUGCACCCUACCCGGCGCCAUCCCAGGUCAAUCCUCUGUUGCUGGCAGCAAUUACGUGUCUGCUGCUUUCGCCAUGGACGUCCACUGGAUCUGGCGCAACUUCGGCAUCCUUGUGGCCUUUUUUGUCUUCUUCCAGAUCACGCAGAUCGUGUCUAUGGAAAGGAAGAACCACGCUAAUACUGCACGUUCGGUCCAACUCUUUGCCCAAGAGAACAAGGAGAGCAAGAAGCUCAACCAGGAGCUUGAGGAUAGGCGGGCAGCUGCCGGACGAGGAGAAGCAAAGCACGAUAUUUCCAGCUUGGUCAAAUCGAAGGAGCCGUUCACCUUUGAGGCCCUCAACUACCACGUACCUGUUCAAGGUGGAUCGAAGCGUCUGCUGCACGAUGUCUAUGGCUAUGUGAAGCCUGGAAGUCUCACUGCCCUCAUGGGCGCCUCCGGUGCUGGCAAGACAACGUGUCUGGAUGUUCUGGCACAACGUAAGAAUAUUGGAGUUGUUCAGGGUGAAAUUUUGAUGAAUGGUCGACCCCUCGGCGCGAACUUCGCCAGAGGUACUGCAUACGCGGAGCAAAUGGAUGUGCACGAGGAAAGUGCUACUGUCCGCGAGGCACUGCGCUUUUCUGCCUAUCUUCGACAAGAAGCAUCUAUUCCUAAGGAAGAAAAAGACCAGUAUGUCGAGGAAAUCAUCGAGUUGCUCGAGAUGGAUGACCUCUCCGAAGCACUGGUGUCGGGUCUCGGUGUGGAAGCUCGCAAACGACUUACCAUCGGCGUGGAACUUGCUAGCAAGCCGCAGCUGUUGCUUUUCCUCGACGAGCCCACUUCCGGUCUGGAUGGUCAGAGCGCUUGGAAUCUUGUUCGCUUUUUACGCAAGCUAGCAGAUUCAGGCCAAGCCAUUUUGUGCACCAUUCAUCAGCCUUCGUCUCUCUUGUUCGAGAGCUUUGACCGUUUGCUCCUCUUGCAGCGCGGUGGGGAAACCGUGUAUUGUGGACCUAUCGGCAAGGACAGUCAUUACCUUCGAGAUUACUUCGUUAAGAAUGGCGCUAUCUGCGGCCCGACGGAUAACCCGGCCGAGUUCAUGCUCGAGGCCAUUGGCGCUGGUACGACAAAGCGCAUAGGCCACAAGGAUUGGGGUGAGAUCUGGCUCGAAUCCGAAGAAAACCAGAAGCUCAGACAGGAAAUCGAGGACAUCAAGAGGGAAGCUUUGAAGCAACCAAACACAGAGGAGAAGCCAAGUUUCUAUGCUACGAAGUUGCCAUACCAGCUCAUUUUGGUUACACGUCGAGCCCUGAUGACGCUCUGGCGUAGGCCGGAAUACGUCUAUAGUCGGCUCUUCAUCCACGUGCUCAUCUCGUUCUGGAUUUCCGUUACAUUCCUCCGCCUGAACCACAGCUUGCUGGACCUGCAGUACCGCGUAUUUGCGAUUUUCUGGGUUAGCGUCCUGCCUGCUAUCAUCAUGGGACAGAUCGAACCCAUGUUUAUCCUGAACCGUAUGGUCUUUAUUCGCGAAGCCUCCAGCAGGAUGUAUUCGCCUGUCGUCUUUGCCGUUGGGCAGCUCCUGGCUGAGAUCCCUUACUCCUUCAUCUGCGCAGUCGCAUAUUUCCUUUUGAUGUACUAUCCGAUGAAUUUCGUUGGCAAUGCUGGCUAUGCAUUUGCCAUGGUGUUGUUUGUCGAACUGUUUGGUGUCUCUCUUGGACAGGCGAUAGGGGCUCUGUCACCCUCCAUCCGCAUUGCGGCACUGUUCAACCCAUUCAUCAUGUUGGUACUCACAACUUUCUGCGGUGUGACCAUCCCGUAUCCGACACUUGGGAAGUUCUGGCGAAGCUGGCUAUAUCAACUGACGCCAUUCACCCGUCUUGUUUCUGGUCUGAUUGCGAAUGAGCUAUAUAAUCUGCCGAUUGUUUGCCGUGAAUCGGAGUAUUCUGUUUUCCAACCGCCUUCUGGACAAACGUGCGAGCAAUGGGCGGGCGACUUCAUCUCUCAGGUCGGAGGAUACCUUGCAAAUAAUAACGCCACGUCCAACUGCCAGUACUGCCAAUAUCGCGUCGGACAGGAAUUCUACACCCCCCUUAAUAUUGACUAUAGCCAUAGGGAACGUGACCUCUGGAUCCUGUUCUGUUACUUUGCGGCCAACUUCGUCAUCACGAUCAUCGGCUCCAGGUUCUUACGUUACGCAAAACGCUAGAUCAGGGGAUAUCAUCACCGCAAAUGCCGGACGCGUAGAUCGCACUUUUGUUUAGCCAAUGUUCCAUUUGCAAUAAAUCC